AUGAAAUCUAUACUUAUUCCUACUUCACACUUUUGUUUCAUUCCAGCACCAUUACGUGCAAGUUUGACUGAUAUCCGUCCGAAUACAAAAUGGAUACAGAAUGGUGUCACUGUCGCUGGAGGAAAUAGACAAGGCAGUGGAAUCAAGCAACUCUGUAAUCCACAGGGUAUAUAUGUCGAUGAUGGUCAAACUAUUUAUAUUGCUGAUCGCGAUAACCAUCGUAUUGUGGAAUGGAAAUGUGAUGCAACAACUGGCCAAGUGGUUGCCGGUGGAAAUGGACAAGGAAAUGGAGCUCAUCAGUUAAACUGCCCAUACGAUGUGAUUAUCGACAAAGAGAGAGUUAGUCUCAUUAUCUCCGAUUACAAUAAUAAAAGAGUAGUUCGAUGGCCUCGUCGAAAUGGUACUAGUGGAGAAACUAUCAUUUCAAAUAUUUAUUGCCUAGGUUUGACAAUGGAUGAGAAUGGAUCUCUCUAUGUCGUUGACUAUGAAAAACAUGAAGUGAGACGAUAUCGAAUUGGUGAUACUGAAGGAACAGUGGUUGCAGGUGGCAAUGGAGAUGGACAUCAUCCAGAUCAACUCUCUAACCCCUGCUACGUAUUUGUCGAUCGAGAUCAUUCAGUAUACGUGUCCGAUACUGAAAAUCAUCGUGUGAUGAAAUGGGAAGAAGGUGCAAAACAAGGCAUUGUCGUAGCCGGUGAUCAAGGGCAAGGAAAUAGACUUACACAAGUGACCGGUCCUAUGGGAGUCAUUGUCGAUCAAUUGGGUACUGUCUAUGUAGCUGAUCAAGGCAACCAUCGAGUCAUGCGUUGGCCAAUAGGUGCCACGCGGGGAAGUGUCAUUGCUGGUGGAUAUGGUCGAGGAGCACAGUCGAAUCAACUCAGUUAUCCCAUUGUGGCUGGUAUUAGACAGAUUGAAUUAGAUAUUCAUUUAAUGAAAAAUGAUUAUGUUGUUUAUCAUACGCAAUUCAUCGAUGAUAAGACAAAUUGUUAUUGUUUUAGUGAUUGUUUAGUAAGAAUUCAUAGAUGGAGUCAACAGAAUCCAAAACACUAUCCAAUAUUUCUCUUCAUUGAAAUCAAACAAAGAUUUCGUGAAGAUUUUUUAACAGCGCUUGAUGGUGACGUUCGAUGUCAACAUUUUGAAUCUAUGAAAGAACAAAUUUUGCGAGUAUUUUCUAUUGAUUCAUUCAUACUACCAGAAUUAAUUCGUGGUCAUCAGACAUCAAUUAAUUUAGCUUUGAAGAAACAGAGACAAGAUGAAUUAAAUGGCAAUUAUUCAUAUGGAAAUUAUGGUUGGCCUCCACUAUUUCAAUCUUUAGGGAAAAUUUUUGUGAGUUUCAUUGAUGAUGAACAUAAUAUCAUCGUUGGUUUAAUUUCUACAUGUGAAUCACUUUCAAAUUUUUUCUUUAUUGCUCAAACAAAUAUCAAUCUUCCCUAUGCAUCAAUUAUCAAUAUUCGGAAUCCAUUAAUAAAUGAACAAUUAAUCGUUGCAAGUCAUAUGAAUGGUCAAAUAAGUCGUGUUUUACUUGGCUAUGGUGAUCAACAAAUCUUUGAGAGAUAUAAACAAUCUCGAAAAUAUGGUAUUCAUAUCAUAAGUACAGAUUAUGUACAAUGCGAUGAUACAGAAUUAUGUCAAAGUGUGAAAAAUGAUUUUCAAAGUUCUUCGCCGAUAUUGUGUAAUACAGUUCUAGCUCCUAGUUUUUGUAAUACAACAAUACUAUCUCUUUGA